CAGCACCGCGGCGCAUUGGAUGGGAACCGAGGCUACCUAAGAAGCUAUACGAGAAAACCCGACGGUCGCCGCGCGGGGAUGGGAAGUCAUUCACCUGCCGCGUGCCUCUAAGCGAUGUAGAGCCCCCCUGGCUUUAAAUAACCAGCAGCACCCAUGACCCUGACGAGAGGUUCCUUCACCUACACCAACGGCGAGGAGUACCACGGAGAAUGGCGAGAAGGCAAGACCAUGAUACUAUGCUCCAUCAUCAACUUGGUUACUAUGCUCCGUCAUCACCACGGGCUCCGGCAUGGCCUGGGCCAGCUGAACUUCAGCGAUGGGACAUGCUACACGGGACAGUUCGAGAACGGCCUCUUCAACGGAUGUGGGGUGCUGGUGUUCCCUGACAACUCCAGGUACGAGGGGGAAUUUGUCCAGGGGAAGUUUCAAGGUAGCGGUGUCUUCUGUCGCUUCGACGGGAUGAAGUUUGAAGGAGAGUUUAAGAACGGCUGCAUCGACGGAUACGGGGUGCUGACGUUUGUUGACGGCGGUCGCGGUGCCGGCGGCGGCUGUCAGGAGGGCCUGUUUGAGUCCAACCAGCUGGUGCGGCGGGAGACAAGCCAGGGGGCGCUACAGCGGGCGCAGGGUGUCGCUGCCAAGGCCCGUGCCCUGGCCAAAUAACCAUCCACUACCCAACAUGCCCCUGGGUUAGGAUCCCUCCAUCCCCUUUGUCUGUGGUUAUCUUCUGUUUUUUAAGAGCUGUGUGUUGUUUAUUACUAAACAAGACAGGACCGUCUGGUCCGCUAGGGACCAGACGGUCUUGAUCCCCUGCAGCCAAACUCACCUUCCGUUUUUCUGCUGCUGAUGACACCUGGGUGCUCUCUCUGGUCUGAGGUUCAUUUCGACUGGACAACUCAAGAGUUCCUUGACCUGAAGUUUGACACGGACAGUAUCGCCGUAGGCCGAUGUUAUUCUCCAAUCCGUUGCAUGACUCAUGCAGGCAGCAAUCCAUAUCUUGCUUGGGGUACUCUGAAAACCAACCUCCAUGGGUCAUGCUUCAACAAGCACGAUCAACAGCCUUGUUACAACCAAUCACCCCGAGACACGGUGCUUUGGUUCAUGUUAGAUUGGUUGUAUUUGCCUCUAAUAUCAUGCAGUAUUUCUAUUUCUCAACACUCAGUGCCACAGUGACACAAGCUGGUCAAGGAUCAGUUUGAUUUGUCCUUCUCUGUGCCAUUCACAUGCUGUGCCAGCUGCA